UUCAUAACCGGGUCCGGCCAAAAAUUAGCUCUCUUUCAGAAUCUGAUAGUAGAAAGCAGUUAAAGUCUCCAAUGUCCACUCUCUAGCUCCAUCAAAACUCUCACAUUCUCCGAUCAAAUCAAAUCCCCGUAAAAGAUGUCGUCUCGCAAGCUUCUCUCCAGUCUCCUUCGCUCUUCUCUCCGUCGUUCCACCAGAUCCUCACACUCCAACCACUCGAAAUCCCCUCUUACUCGCCCUCUCCCUGCUCUUCUCUCACGCGCCACUUACUUCUCCACGUCCGCCGCCGCGCCAUCAUCUUCUCCUACGAAACCCACUUCAUCUCCCACCACCGCUGUUGGUGGAUCUAGUGGUAAGAUAUUCGAUGAGUUCACCGGAAAAGGAGCGAUCGGGCAAGUGUGCCAGGUCAUCGGAGCCGUCGUAGAUGUGCGAUUCGAUGAAGGAUUGCCUCCAAUAUUGACGGCGUUAGAAGUGAUGGAUAACUCGAUCAGAUUGGUGUUGGAAGUGGCACAACAUUUGGGUGAGAAUAUGGUGAGAACUAUUGCUAUGGAUGGGACCGAAGGACUCGUGAGAGGACAGAGGGUUUUAAAUACUGGCUCUCCUAUCACUGUGCCUGUUGGUAGGGCUACCCUUGGACGCAUCAUGAAUGUUAUUGGAGAGCCCAUUGAUGAGAAGGGUGAAAUCAAAACCGAGCACUUUUUACCCAUUCAUAGAGAAGCUCCAGCAUUUGUUGAGCAGGCAACUGAACAACAGAUUCUUGUUACUGGUAUUAAGGUUGUUGAUCUCCUUGCACCUUACCAAAGAGGUGGUAAGAUCGGGCUCUUUGGUGGUGCUGGUGUGGGAAAGACAGUGCUAAUUAUGGAACUUAUCAACAAUGUUGCUAAGGCUCAUGGUGGUUUCUCUGUGUUUGCUGGUGUGGGUGAACGUACUCGAGAGGGUAAUGACCUAUACAGGGAAAUGAUUGAAAGUGGUGUCAUUAAGCUCGGAGAGAAGCAGAGUGACAGCAAGUGCGCUCUUGUCUAUGGUCAAAUGAAUGAGCCUCCUGGUGCCCGUGCUCGUGUUGGACUCACUGGAUUGACUGUGGCUGAACAUUUCAGGGAUGCCGAAGGACAAGAUGUGCUUCUCUUCAUUGAUAACAUUUUCCGCUUUACCCAAGCUAACUCAGAGGUGUCUGCUUUGCUUGGCCGUAUUCCUUCUGCUGUCGGCUACCAACCUACCUUGGCAACAGAUCUUGGAGGCCUUCAAGAGCGUAUUACUACAACAAAGAAGGGUUCCAUUACAUCUGUGCAGGCUAUUUAUGUGCCUGCUGAUGACUUGACAGAUCCUGCUCCUGCAACCACUUUUGCCCAUCUUGAUGCCACAACAGUGCUGUCACGUCAAAUUUCCGAGCUUGGUAUUUAUCCUGCUGUUGAUCCCUUGGAUUCUACUUCUCGCAUGCUGUCUCCUCAUAUCUUGGGAGAAGAACACUACAAUACUGCUCGUGGCGUCCAGAAAGUCCUCCAAAACUAUAAGAAUCUGCAAGACAUCAUUGCUAUUCUAGGGAUGGAUGAACUUAGUGAAGAUGACAAAUUGACUGUUGCCCGUGCUCGCAAAAUUCAAAGAUUCUUGAGCCAGCCUUUCCAUGUUGCAGAAGUGUUUACUGGUGCCCCCGGAAAAUAUGUUGAAUUGAAAGAAAGCAUCACUAGUUUCCAGGGAGUCUUGGAUGGGAAAUAUGAUGAUCUUCCUGAGCAGUCAUUUUACAUGGUUGGCGGCAUCGAAGAAGUUAUUGCCAAGGCAGAUAAGAUUGCGAAGGAAAAUGCUGCAUAAUUACCUUUGUUCUGCUAGCGCUUCGGAGAAGCAAUAAUGUAGGUAGGUUCCUUAAUUAUUUGGAGAUGGAAGAGUAUGAUUUUUUUUAUUUGAAGCUUUAAGCUUUUUGUAGAUUAAAAACUUAGGCAGAGAAAUGAGUGAUAAUGCAUACUCUUUUCAAGUCCUGCCCCAUUUUCUGUAAUAAAAAAUGGAACUUGAAUGUAUCAAUUUUCGUCAUAAUCAUUUCAUUUCUAUAUGCAGAUUGUUGGAUUUAAAA